CAAAAAUCAGGAAUUUGUCUUUUGGACUUUGGUCGGCUGCUUUACGCUUAACACAAAAGAACGCUAUUUUGUCUCCUCCACGCAAUUACCUCUUCUCACUCUCAGACAUUUUGUCAAACAGAUGGUGCUCGUUUCUGAAUCAGCUUAAGAACUAACAAGGAGACAGACACUAAGCUUGGUUUUUCUCUCCGAUUAGACGGAGGAAAAAGUGAAAACGAGGGGCUUAGACGAGUGAUGUGAUAGAGAUGGAAGGAGUUGAGCUAGAAUUAGAAAGAAGAAGCAAGUUCUUGAACAGUUUGAUACAGAAGAAGAAGGCUAAAGAACAGCAAGAUCAGAAAGAUGAGUUCAAUGUUCGUGUUAGGGCUUCAGAUAUGCCUUUGCCUCAACAGAACAGAGCCUUUAGUUUGUCGCGUGAGAUUUUGAAUGCUACUCCAGGGAAGGCUGAUAACAAAAGACUCGCUCAUGCCCUAAAAAAGGACUUCGAUUCAGCCUACGGCCCGGCAUGGCACUGCAUUGUUGGAACAAGCUUUGGUUCAUACGUGACUCAUUCCACAGGAGGAUUCCUAUAUUUUCAGAUCGACAAAGUUUACGUUCUUCUCUUCAAGACUGCCGUGGAGCCGUUAGAUCAAAAAUGAGAUAAAACGUUGAUGAUCAGAGCAUCUUCAAUUUAAUCCUUUUCUUUUAGAAUUCUCUGUCUUGUAUCCCACAAUGUAAUUCUGCCUAAGACAAAAUCUUUGUGGCUCCUAUUGUGUAAUUAGAAGUCAUCUUCUCUACUGUGAAUCGUUUCAACUUCACAAUGCAAAAUAUUGUUCUUCUCUUUCUCAAAUUCUAAUUUUGUUUUUUUCGUUGUUGUGUUGUUGUUGUUGUUGACAUUUUCUUCUCUUCAAAAGAGCUUUAAACCC